AUGAACCAAUUUGAUGAAUAUGAUGAGUUUUUGUUAGAUGAAAAUGACAAUAAUAGUUUAAACGAAAUGGAUGAGUUAUAUACUGACAUAUUACCAGAAGAUCAAUUAGAUAUUGAUAAUAUUAUGGAUUUACAAUAUGAAUUAUUUAACCCACAACUUCAACAAAAUAAUACUAUUAAUUUAAGCAAUAUGCAUAAUAAUGAACUUAUCGGCAAUAGGAAUUUUGAUAUCGAUGAAGUAAUGAAUGAAUUUGAUGAUAGCUUUUUUGAAUA